AUGGCGGUGAUGGAAAGACGGGAAUCGGAAGUUGACCUUUUGGAAAAGCCUGGAAAUAAAUUAUAUGUUAGUGGGCAAUGUAAUGAGAUCGUCUUGAACUGCUGGACGGAGUCUGCGAGGCGGCAAUGUCUGCCAAGCCUCAUGCGGGUUGACUCCCCCGACAGAAAAAGAACACCAUCUCCUCUGUAUCAUCCUUUAUCAUUGAGUACGAAUACGGAGAAACAGCAGCAGCAACCUCUGCCGUGCAUCAACCUGUCCGGUAGUGCUGGCUCUUUUCUUAAUACCAGUGAGGAUGAGGUGCUCAUGGCGUGGAAUGUGUCUCCCGACACCCAGCCUCAGGCUGACCCCGCCCAGGCACGCGGGAAAAGGCCACAAUCGUCGGAGCUGCAUCAGGCAAUUAAGGUUGCAUUGGGCAAGCGCUGGCGUCCCUACGCCAAUGGCGCCAUCCGACGCUACAAUGUGCCCUCCAAACUUAGAGGCGGGUCAGUCAAUCAUGAUGGAAGGCAGGAGAGUCCGUUCAAAUUUAUCGAAGAAAUGGCGCAGCGUCACGCGGAGGCGCAAGCGGAGAAACGUCUCCCGCACGAUGUAUUUGCUCCACAGCAAUUGCCCCCCCGACAGUUUGUUGUGCGUCUCCCGGAUGUGGACCCUAGGCGGGUGGCGGACGAGGUGAAUGCAAAACCAAAGACGCUGUCAAAUGCUGAGAUACCGACGGAGUUAUUGCACCGGAAGGUACUCUUUGACGCCACCUUGGGUGCGGUGAAGCCAUACGCUUUGCGGGAGAGGGGGGAUCAAGGGAAACUACAGCAGGGGAGAAGAAGAAAAAGGCCGGGAGAAGUACCUCCAUCUAUGCCGCUCACAGCCUUUUCACGUGAUCCACUGGAAGUCUUUGUGGAGGCCAUGCGAUACCAACGACCCGCGUUGGGAGUUUAUACCUUUGAUGUAUACUAA